CCAGUCGGCGCCUUGGCCUUUUCGACGACAGCGACUGAGUCUGUGGAGCCGCCCCAGGAGCCGGAGCUGUUGCAUCCCCUCCUCUUCCACUUCCCGUUGCAAACAAUAAAGGCCAUUCGUACCGUAGCCCCUGCCGGAGUACGGGCGACAUUUUCGCAGAAGGUUCUCUGGCCGACCUUGCCGUCACCUCCGUAUGGCAGCCCUGCGCCGAACCCUCCACCUGGCGAGCCUGGCGGCGGGGGCGCGUCGCGCCGUGGCGGGUUCCCUGACUGGUAACUGCCUGGCGGACCACCGCCUCUGGGAUAAGCUCCCCGCCCAGCCCCGUCAGGGCAGCGCGGGCACCUUCGACUGGUUCUUUGGAUACGAGGAAGCCCAGGGGCUGCUCCUGCCGCUGCUGCAGGAGGCACCAGCUGCCUGUCCACCGCGGGUGUUGGACGUGGGCUGUGGGACCUCCAGCUUAUGUACAGGCCUCUACACCAAAUGCCCGCACCCAGUGGACGUGUUGGGGGUGGACUUCGCUCCUGUGGCUGUGGCCCACAUGAACAGCCUCCUGGAAGGUGGCCAAGGCCAAACACCCCUGUGCCCGGGGCACCCUGCCUCACGCCUCCACUUCGUGCAAGCUAAUGCCCUGAACCUGCAGCCAGUGGCUUCUUCAGGCUCUUUCCAUCUAGUGCUAGACAAGGGCACCUGGGAUGCUCUUGCCCGGGCUGGUCUGCCUGGGGCUUACCAGCUGCUGUCAGAGUGCCUGAGGGUCCUAAGCCCUGGGGGGACCCUGAUUCAGUUCUCAGAUGAGGACCCUGAUGUGCGGCUGCCCUGCCUGGAGCAAGGGUCCCAAGGCUGGACUGUGUCUGUGCAGGAGCUGGGCCCUUUCGGAGGCAUCACCUACUUUGCUUACUUGGUUCAAGGCUCCAAUUAAAGACUUUUAAAACCUGA